UCGCGGCCCUGCUGUGAGAAGCGCUACGCGAUUGGUCGAGAGCGGUAGUCCCUGUGAGACCUGACCGCCUAUUGGCUGCAGCAUGUCGAGACACUGACGCGCACGACGUCUCCCCUCUAUUGUUAUUGUGGCGUGCGCGAGAGGAACAGGCAGGAUGCACGAGGAGACAGUGGGGCUGAUAAAAGGAUAAAACAACUGAGAAACACCAAGCUAGCGCAGUACAUCAUAUGAAAAAUAAACACUAGCUCAUUACAUUACAGCAAUUCACAGAAACAUCAAACCUGUAAACACAGAGCAAUAUACAGGUCUGAUACAGAGGGGAAUAAACACAAAUACCAGCUCUGGUCAACACAUACAACACGUAGAGCUAUCUCAGUACAGCACUUCAGGCAAUUGUCGAAAAGCUCAAAGGUCUUUCUGUCCAAGUUCUUCUCUCCACUCCGGCUGAUGUGGACUGAUUCAGAGUUGGGCCAUCAUGAUCCCAGUGAACUUUCUGGUCACUCAUUGGCUGACCAACUUAAUACCAGCAGCAUCAUGUCGGUGAACCCUCCGAGCAGCAAUGACGCCUGCCUCAGUAUCGUCCACAGCCUCAUGUGUCACCGGCAGGGUGGAGAGAACGAGGGUUUCGCCAAGCGGGCCAUCGAGAGCCUGGUGAAGAAGCUGAAGGAAAAGAAAGACGAGCUGGACUCGCUCAUCACUGCCAUCACCACCAAUGGUGUCCAUCCCAGCAAGUGUGUCACCAUCCAGAGGACACUGGAUGGACGGCUGCAGGUGGCAGGAAGGAAAGGUUUUCCUCAUGUGAUUUAUGCACGGCUGUGGCGCUGGCCUGACCUCCACAAAAAUGAACUCAAGCAUGUCAAGUUCUGCCAGUACGCCUUUGACCUGAAGUAUGACAACGUGUGCGUCAACCCCUACCAUUAUGAGAGGGUGGUGUCACCGGGCAUCAUUGGUCUCAGCCUCCAAAAUACAGCACCACCAGGCGGGCUGAUCAAAGAGGAAUACAUCCAUGACUGUAUACAGAUGGACCUCCCACCUGGCAUGCCUCUGUCUGACCACCAAGUGGCCCUGAAGCUGCCUCCUCCAGACCACUACGGCCAGCCCCUGCCUCCCCCACAGAUGUCCUCCGAGCCCCACGGACCCCCACCUGUCACCAGAUACACUAACCUGCCUGUCUCACCCAAAGUGUCCGGCUCUGGCUCCAUGCUACCACUGCAGGGCGGUCAUGGUGACAGCCGUCUCCAAACUGCGUCUCCACAGGCUCAAGUCAUGACUCCAGCACCACGUCCCCCAACCCCAACUCAAACCCCUCCUCAGCAACAGGGUUCCCAACAACCCCCGCAACCCCCACACCCACAACAACCCUCCCUACCUCCUCCUCACACCCAUGGACAGAACGGGUACAGCAGCAAUAAACACUCUCAGAGUCAGGCUGCCUUCCACACAGUUUGGACAGGCAGCAGCACAGCCUCCUAUGCUCCAAUAGGACCCCUGCAGAAUGGGCGUGGUCACCAACAACCUCCCCUCCAUCAUCCAAACCACCACUGGUCUCAGCAUCACGGUUCAACCUCUUUCCCUCCUUCUGUGUCCAAUCAUCCAGGACCAGAGUUUUGGUGCUCUAUCUCCUACUUUGAAAUGGACGUUCAGGUGGGUGAGAUGUUCAAGGUGCCCUCCAGCUGUCCUGUAGUGACUGUGGAUGGUUAUGUUGACCCGUCAGGAGGCGACCGCUUCUGCCUCGGCCAGCUGAGUAACGUCCAUCGCACAGAUGCCAGCGAGAGAGCCAGGUUACACAUAGGUAAAGGGGUGCAGCUGGAGUGUCGCGGAGAGGGUGAUGUGUGGAUGCGCUGUAUGAGUGACCACGCUGUGUUUGUACAGAGCUACUACCUCGACAGGGAGGCGGGCCGAGCACCAGGUGAUGCUGUGCACAAGAUCUACCCUGGAGCCUACAUCAAGGUGUUUGACCUGCGGCAGUGCCACAGACAGAUGCAGCAGCAGGCAGCGACAGCUCAGGCUGCAGCUGCUGCACAGGCGGCUGCUGUGGCAGGAAAUAUUCCCGGUCCAGGCAGCGUCGGAGGCAUCGCACCUGCAGUCAGUCUGUCUGCAGCAGCAGGGAUCGGUGUGGACGACCUGAGGCGACUGUGUAUCCUGCGGCUCAGCUUCGUGAAGGGCUGGGGGCCUGACUACCCCCGGCAGAGCAUCAAACACACCCCCUGCUGGGUGGAGGUCCACCUGCACCGCGCUCUACAGCUUCUGGAUGAGGUGUUGCACACUAUGCCAUUGGCAGAUCCAGGGCCUGCUAACUGAGGACGAAGACCAUAUUCAAAUUCCAAUCUGGAUUCUAUGAAUGUGCGCACACAGACACACACACGUUUGAAUAUUUUUGCUUCAGGCCAAAUAUGCUAUCUAAUUGAUACACAAGGAAAACCAAUCAAAAACACACAGAAAACAUAAACGACCAACAACACAUUAUGCUUGUAACAAUCAAUGUACACACAUCACUCAUGCUGUCACAGACACACACAUGCACACGCACACUCUAACCAAAACGUCUGUGGCCAGACAGACAUAAAACUGCUGAUGUCUUUGGGAUUUUUCUAAUGCUUUACUCUCUACAAUCUCAACUCUCAACACACGGGAGUUGGAUCUCUGAAGGUAAAGAUUUUGACUUUGUGUUCUGACCAAUUUGUCUCUGUCCUAAAGACAUUUGUAUGCACUGUAGAAAUCCAGGGAUGUUUCAGAAAUCCAGUUCCCCUAUAUGCACUUUGGAUUUCUUCUAAUUGUAGAAGCAUUGUGCACAUUCAUUAAUGGAAUACACACAGACAUGUAAAAAUCAUGCAUGAUUUGGCUGCACAGGCAGCUGAACAUCCAGGAGUCAAAAACACUCUAGAUAACUAACUGCAUACCUCUGGAACAUGCUGUCAGUAAAUCCACACUGAAGACAAACAGCCUGACAGUUCUCUUUAUGUCUUAUGAACAACAGAACUGAUGUAUAAAUAUGGAUUAGGGAUCCAGUGUUAUGUCAUCUCUGUGCUCGUACUGUGCUCUUCACUGUCUGUUGAUCUAAACUCCAACUGUUAGCAUCAAUAACUGGUUAGCUCUCUUAUUACGCUCAGCUCAAGUUAUAUUAUUUUUAUACCAAAAGACUAAAACACCAAAAACAUUUAGCUUUAAAGUAGUGUUGUCGUUCUUUGUAAUGAAACAGUGCUACCCUGUAUGUAACCAAAUGGUUGGUGCAAAUCACCAAAGCCAGAAUACCUCAUAACUACAGUGCAUAACUAGUUUUCCGCCUAAACCGCACACACUCUCUUCAUCGCUGACAGGCUGAAGUCAAGUUAGGAGGAGUCACUAAAACUAAUAGAAAGUGCUAAUAAUAAAUCCCUCUGAUAGGAUCCUGACUGCAACGCUCUAUUUACUAGGUUUUAUAUUUAUUUCAGUUUAUUACUGGCAGUACUGGAUACAUUAACUGAUAUUUGUUACUUUGGAAUAUUAGUUACACUUUACAGUUUUACAGCUUAAUUGACUUGUGAAAGACGGUUACAGUAACUUCUAAUGGUUGUAGAGUAAAAACAGCCACCAGCCACUCCAGAGACAGAAGCCUGAGUGCUUAUAUGGUCAGACCAAACAUUCAGCUCCAACCUGUGCAUGUGACACCAGUGCCUUUCUGUUCUCCUGGUCUGACCUGUUCUGUUAGGAGAUCAUCUGUGGUAUCGUGUGCCUGUUCCUAGCAGUUUAUUUGAACUCUGGGUUGUUUCUGCCGCUAGGUCCAUGUGUUUUGCCAUGAGAGAACAACGUCCUGCUCUUUAAUCAUGGCUGAACUUAUCCAGGCUAAACAGAUCCUAUGAAUUCUCAUUUAACUGAAGUUAUCUUGAAAUAAAGGCAACGUGAGUAGAGAGUUGAAACCAUCAUCAGUAUUCAUCUGAUUGGCUGAGUACUGAUCAUGAGGCAGGUAUGUUGGGAAGCCUCCCAGCAUGCACUGGGGCAACAGAUUCAUGGACAUAAGUGUAAUUUUGUGUGUUUUUGCGUUAUUGUUACCAGUACUAUUUUGUCCUACAUUGUGCUCCAUAAUGUUUCCAGUGUCCACACUACACGUUUGAUAUGCAAUCAGUUAUUUGUGUGUUCAGACAGAUUCGCUUCAGGUUAAGGUACAUUGAUAAAGCCCUGCAAUAUGCGCAAGUAUUUCACUCAAGUUGAAUCAUUUUCAACUGGUGUGGAUACAUAUUUGCAUCAGUUCAGGUCACCUGGGGUGUCUCUGUCUGAACCAUGAGUUAGGCUGGUUAUACCGUGAGUGAUUUUUUUUUCCAGAUUAAGAAGUGAUUAUUACAUAGCUGAAUUUCACUGGACUGUGUUUGAUAUACUGUCUCACUUAAAUCAUUUACCUCUAGUUGAUAAACGUAUUGACUCUGGCACUCAUGUCCUCUUGCAUACAUUAUUAUUAUUAUUAUUCUGUACGUUUCUUAGCUCGUCUGUAACUCAAACCAUUCAACUGACAUGUAUCGUUCUUAUAUCAAACUGUGCGGAAUUAUGUGUAGAUUUAUACAAAUUCAUUGCAUAAAUUUGCAUACUUGAUGACGUAAUGCAUUUGAUUUAAUGCAUUUUUUUGACCUAUCUCCUACAAUUCUUAUGCAACAAAGACAUUCCAUAUGUCAACCCGUGCAGAAUUCAUUGUAGAUUUAUGCCAUGACUUUUGUUAUUGAUACUACUUAUACUUUUUGAUUUAUUAACGUUUAAAUAAAAAUACAGACUACCAUUGUAUUUAUGUCAGCCACUGCGUACAGUAGAAACUCCAGUCAAAUUUUAAAAUGCUCUGUAUGACAUGCUGAUCAAACAUGCACACUUUCAUAAUGAUGACUUGUAUAGAGUUCUAAAAUACAUGACAGUCAAUGAAGCCCAGUCCACUCCCAGUGUAUAUAAGGGCUUCAUUGACCAUUAUGAAGCCCUUACAUAUAAUGCAGUGGAAACUCCAUUCAAAUUUACAACUUUCAAUCUCUAUAUAUCACCACUUAAUUAACUCAUGAUUACAACACUUAACACAUAAUUUGACAUAUAACGUACGUCAAGCUAAUGAGCUGUUUUCACUUCCAGUGUGCUAAUAAGAGGUAUCAUUUACAGUUUCCAAAUAUUUACUUCAACAUGCAAAUGAAGUGUGAUGGAACACAUAAUUCUAGCAAUUCUAUUUAGAGUUUAUGGGAUGGAUAACAGACAAAUAGCUGCAUUCAAAUGUAAAUAUAAGUCACCCAAAUGUUAAACUACAUUGACCACUUGAAAUGCAUAUAACACCAAUCUACUGCAAAACCCAUCAAUGAUAAAUCAAACUGAUCAGCUGACAGCAAUCACACCUUUUCUUCAGGAAAUGCUCCUUCUCUAGUUCCAAUUUAAAACCAUUUGUUUCAAUCCAGGUAAAAACAGUCCGUCCUUGUGAUGCAAGUACAGUUCAUAGAUUUUACUGUUCAAAUGACAAUACCCCAUCAUAAAGUCAUAGUGAAAUGUCAGCUUUUCUGUUUCCAACAGUCAGAAAGUUUGAAUUUAGUUAACUUUUAACAGCUAACAGUCUUUUUUAAGCGUAUCUAUUUUAUGUUGUUGUAUAUUUUGUGUUGUGCAAAAGUAACAAACACAGUUGAACAAGACUAAAGGUUGAAGGUGAACGGCAAACAUCGUCAUUUUCAGACACAAAUGACUCCUUUUCUUAAAGGCCUAAUGAGAACAUGUUGAAAUAGUAAUGAUCAUCUCAGAUGAGAACAAAUGUUCACAAUAUAGAAUAACCCAUAACUAUAAUUGAUAAAAUAUAUAACAAAAUAAAAUCAGUGCACUUCAAAAAAGAACCAAUUAAACUAGUUUCAGAAGAGUUUCUUUGCAUUGUCAGAAUAUGUUAGAGGUUGUUGCUCAUCUUUAAAUGUCCUUCUGUAGCCUUAGUGCCAGCUGGUCAGCACUCAGCCAAUCAUAUGACUGCUUCUCUCUCUCUCUCUACACAUGUGGUCUUUAUUCCAAAUACGAGAACACUAUAAUCCAAUAUUAGGUUAUGUGGGUGAGAAUGAACUUGACCUGGAUUAGUUAAACCAUCCAGACAUUCCAUCAAUUUCUAAUGCAGUUUCUUGUUUGACUCACCACCCCUUCUUUGAAGGCAAGUUUUCACAAGAUGCAUGAAGAAAUAUCAAACUUGAGCUGCUGUUUCAUUGUUCCCACUCACAUUAAAGAAUAAUUAAGUAUAGCUUUGGAUUUUUGAAGUCUAUUUUAAAGCAAAACUCAGCUGCCACAUACUGUAUAUAUUUAAAGAGUUAUCCCUUCUGCCCCUACUGGCUAUGAUCCUGUUGUAGAGUGACUCCAAUGGAAGAGGUGGAGGACAAAUCCUCGUCUUCGUUCUGUGUAAAAAUGCAUUCCAAGCUGAGAUUUCAGCAGUCAGACUUAGUCAAAUCAAAAGUGGUAAAUAUCUUCCAAAGUCUGUCUUUUUAGAACAAAAUACCCUCUUUGUGUCUCCACUGACAGUGUUUCUGGGAUGUAACGCUGCUGCAGAGGAAUAUUUUCUAGUAGAUGAAUGUAGGUUUGUUGCCAGAGCAAAACAUGAGCAAUAAACCCUACAUGUGAUGAAAACACCCACUUGAUUUGUCUAACUCACGGUGCUGCCCCACUGUACGCGACUGACCAUGGGAAGUGAGUAAUUCACUGCACAAAGCAUGCUGGGAUACCUGGCAACACGCACCAAGCUGGCGGGACAAAUUCAAAAAUUCAAACGGUGCUCACAUCAAGACAAGCCAAUCAAGCUGCAGCACCAGCGACUUUCUGAACAGCCAUGUGUACCAGCUGUGCGACUGGCGGGGCAGGAAGGACGCCAGUUUAUAUGAAUUGGUGGCGUACAGUGAGGCAGCACCGUCAGACUGCUGCAGCCUCCUAUUCUCCUCAGCUGAGCUUAGAAUGUAUUUUGCACAGGAGGACUGGGAAGGAAUCACUUCAGUCACCCUUAACUCUUUCAUCAUAUGCAUAUUGUAUAAAGACUUAAAAAUACAAACCUAUCCUUUACUGCCAUAGGCCAGCACACUGCACAGCCUGGAUGUAUAUAUUACUGUAUACAUGUAUAGUCCUUUAGGUCACCAGUGAUUGAUAAUGAUACACCAGAGUUCUAAUAAACUGCUCCAAGCAGGCGUGCUGUCAACUUGGUCUUAGAUACUAAGAUGAGUCUGGCAGUGUUCUGGCAUACACCAGAUGUGACUAAAUAAAUGGUACAGUAUAAUCAAUGUCACAAGCUCAAAUCUUUGGACAAAUCAGAACUGUGCUAUACUGGGUAUAUUGUUCUUGAUCCAGAUCAAAAUGUGAAUAAAUGUACCAAUGAGU